AUGGCGGCUAAAGCUCUAACCAGCAUAACCACAUUUCAGCCAACAGGAAGAAAAAGGAACCCAAUAAAGACACCUUCCAUGUGCAGCUUUCUAAAACCAUUUUCUAUUAGACACCUGCGCUUCCUUCCCCACCCUUCUCCGCCCCUUUCGCUGCGGUUUCUCACCGCCUUUGGGAGCUCUGGAGCGCCUGCUGGAGGAGGAGCAGGGGGAGGAGGCGGAGGGCGAGGAGUAGGGGCGGGGUGGGUGGGGAGAGAGCCGGGAGGGUGUGGACUGGCAGCCACUCUGCAGCUGGUCGCCGGGGACGGGGUUCCUCCCGCGCGCCCGAGUGAUGGAGGGGAAGAGAUUUGCUUAGACACACACACGCGCACACAGCUGGGCACGUCUCCGGGAGGCAGCUGCCGGCUCGGGCGCGCCGGGGGCCGGGCGGCGGCCGUGACAGCGCCAGCCGCGGGGAGCGGGGCUCUCGCACCGCUUGGCACCGGCGGCUCCGAGACUCAGGAAGGGAAGAUCCCAGCUGCACUGACUGUUGCUCUUUUGGGCAAAUCCGGAGGGAGCAGGCUACCCGAUUUGCUGUCACAGAGGACACCGGAGGCUCUCCCCUCGGCGCUCGGAGUCCGGGGCCGCGCCGGCGCCCGCGUGGGGCGAGGAGGAUGCGCACCUCCUCCCGCAGAGCCGCUGCGGGCUCGGGCACUGCGUGGACUCGGGCUCCGGCGGCUGCUCGUGCCGUGCCUGCGCCGCGGGAGCGCGCCCUGCCGCACCUGGUUCCAGCUUCCCGGGGAAGUGCAGGCAACGCACCCUAAACUCCACUACUUCUCGCCCGCUUCCUCCCCCUUCCGGCUCCACGCCUGGGACCUCGCCGCCGCCGCCGCCGCCUGCGUGUGGGGCCCGCCCGCCUCUUACUCUCACGCGCGCACGCACAGCGCGGUCGCUCGCUCCCUUUCACGCCGACUCGCUCACCGCGGAGCCGGAGCCCGGGCUUCCGAAACUACUGGACCAACUGACGCUGGGACUGAGGGAGCCGACCCCCGGCCCGGCGCGACCCGGAGCCCGCGCCCGCCGCCGCGCCCCGGACGAAGAGAUAACCAGGUGCCCAGAGGCUCCGGCAUUGGUGUCUUACCUUCUCCAUGGCGUUUCUGGUGUCUUCUUCUGGGGUCUCGUUGGCCAGCCUUGAAAUACGUGGAAAUUAGAGAAUCCACUGCAUAUAGUCUUGGAAAUUUCCAUCGUAUCUGCUCAGAACUUUCUGAAUAAGCAUACAGAUUUGAAGAAGACCAGGCCUGCUGUCCUUGGAAGCAGCUCUGUGGCUCCUGGAGGGGAGACUCGUACUAAUUUGAUGUGUAACUCCCGUU